AUGGAAGAUAUCAUUGAUAAAUCAAACAAGAAAGGAGGAAGCAUGGGAGAAGACAAGAAGAAACAGAUAUAUGCUUCAAAUGUGAAGGAAAGUGAGACAAAAAAGGAUUCAAAAGAAAUUGAAACAGAGAAGAUUCAAAUUUCCAAAAACACAACAGGACAAAGUGACAGAGAGAAGACUUUGGAAAGAAAAAAAUCAAGAGAAGCUGAGAAGGAAAAAACUGAGAUUGCAAAGGAAAAAGAGAUAAGGCCACAAAGGGAAAUCCCAAAUGUUCCUCUUGCUUUCCGAUCUCCAUACAUGGUCAAGUACAAGGAUUUGUUCAAAGAUGAAGACACAAUGAACAAACUUGUAACAGACUAUGCUUAUAGUGGAAAAGAUCAAAGUGAGCUACUAUACUAUGAUGGAGUGAAUUCGAUCAAUAGGGAAGAGAUGAAAACUCUUGAAGGGGAUACAUUAGUAGUUAACAAUGUGAUCGAUUCAUGGGCAGUACUUCUGAAUCAAAAAAGGUCAAAGAACAAGUUAUACUUUUCAACAUUUCCACAUCAAAUUAUGUAUGCAAAUACAGUGUGUCCUGAAGGAUCAUCAAUGGAGCUUAGAAUUGCAUACUUCAAAGAAAGAAUAACAAAUGAAUUGAGGUUAUACAAAAUCAAGAGUGCAGUUGGAUAUCAACAGAUUUUUUUUCCAGUGGCCAUAUAUGCACAUUUCUAUCUUCUAUGCAUUGAUCAUAUCAAUGAGACAAUGCAUAUAAUUGACAACAGGAAACUGCCAAAACAUCAAACAAUUGCAACAAAGUAUGAAAACCAACCCCAAUUGGUGGUAAGUAUAUUGUUUAAUAGAUAUAUAAAUGAUCAAUUUGUUUAUACAAAAUGAUCAAUAUUGAAAAUUAAAAUGAUCAAUAUUAAUAUGAUCCUUUGAAUUUUUUUUUUCUGUAUAUGUUGCAGUUAAAAGGAUAUGCAGAA